CAGUCCAUCCAUCCUGCUGCACAACACAUCACACGCCGACCUGAACCUCCUUCUCCUCCUCCACCUCCAACUCCAGCCUGGCAUCUACAGCGCUUCUUCUGACGUUCAGUGGGAAUCUCAGUCGUCGCUCAGCUGGACAGCAGCUGAUUAUUAUUAUUAUUAUUAUUAUUAUUAUUAUUGUUGUUAUUAUUAUUAUUAUUAUUAUUAUUAUUAUUACAUCAUCUUCCUCUUUUCCUUCGUCUCCUUUCUUCUUCUGACUACAGACUUACAGACUGUAAAAAUGACUUAAUGUAAAUGGACUUGAUGUGUCCUUUUUUUUCUGACGACAUCUGUUGUUAGAUCCCAUAGGUACAGGUAAGACAGCUUCACCGUUUAUACAGGGUUACGGCUUCGCGUCAGCAGAAUAUUACCCCGACUGAAUUCAGUGAUAGCGCUACUCAAGCUGUAGGCGGGUUAACUCGCCUGGCUUCCGACCACAUUUAAGCCUGAUGUCUGCCCCGCUUCCUCUCCUCCUCCGGAACCACCAGUCAGGGAGGCUUCCCGCAACUGUUUCCGAAGUUGAGUCCCGGCAGUUGUGGUGGUUUACCCCUAAUGGAUCACUUCACUUGGUGCGUGCCAGGUUAAGAUUGAAAGAUUAGACUGAAAACGCUAGGGACAUAAAAUAGUUUUAAGUGGACUCAAUAGACUAAAAUGCAGAUAUUCGUUGUAAUAAUAAUCAUAAAUCAAAUAAUCAAUCAAAAUACGAAUUAACUAUUGUCAAAUCAAUCAUAAUCAUUUCCUAGUAUAAUGUGAAAACGUUGAUCAAAAAGAAUUACUUAUGAGCUGGGCGGAUGGAGUAGGGGUGUAGAAAUUGUCCACAUCUGUCCAAAAAUCCUUUUUAGGGAAGGAAAGGCGUCUGGUGAGCCGCACGUCGGAUGCGACCACACCCAAAUCCAGCCCUUUUACUGCCGCAGUACGACUUAGUAAAAUAGGGAAGUCCCGAUGAACGAUGUUUCUGUCCUUUGGGAAAUCCCUUAAAAUCCUCGCAUUGUAAUCCAAAAUGUCUCCUCGACUCAGUACAAAGUCCAAGAAGUAGAGAUCCAAAAUGCGAAAGCUAAUCCAAUCUUCGACUGCUAGUUAGGGGAAAUGCAAACAGAACUUUUAGAGCCAAAAUAGCAUUGCGGAGGAGUUGGCUCAGUCCACAUGCUGCACAGUCCGUGUCCAAGGUGAAACUACUUACGCACAUGGUACCAUACUUUAAAAAUGUUUGUGGCCUCACUUCUGCUCACUUGUAAAUUUCCCACAUCCUUUCUUGUUUCAGAUCGUAGCCGUUUCCCUGACCACAAGCAUCACACAUCCAGAAAUAUGUCGUUGAAGAUGCUGAAGAUAAUCUCUAUAGCCCUGUGCUUCGCCAGCAUUCUUGUGUUUUUAACAGGAUUCACUAAGUUCAAUAUUCAGUUCUUUCUUGAUAAUCAAACCCUCUGUGGGACGUGUUUAUCCCCCAAAAAUCAGCUGUGCUUCCACCCCUUAAAACCCCCAGUUGAGCCGCUUUUAUCUGCGAACCACAACCUCUCAGAGAAUGAUUUUAACUGGUGGAAGCACUUACAGGAUGAAAAACAAGACUACAACACAUAUAAAAAAACAGUCAACAGCCUGUUUCGGACAUUCCCAACCAUCCCGGAGCCUGUAAAACUCAGCAGAGACAGCUGUAAGACCUGUGCUGUGGUGGGAAAUUCUGGUAACUUGAAGGGAUCACGUCAUGGACCUCAGAUAGAUUUCCAUGAUUACGUCAUCAGAAUUAACGGGGGUCGCACCAAAGGCUUCGAAGAAGAUGUCGGCACCAAAACAACUCAUCGGGUCAUGUAUCCAGAGAGUGCCGUGGAUUUAGACAACUCCACUCACCUUGUGUUGACCCCAUUCAAGAUACUGGAUCUAGAGUGGCUCAGGAUGAGCAUGACAACUGGAUUUCAUGGAAUGUCCUAUGCGCCAGUAAAAUCAAAAAUAGCAGCCAGCAAGGAUUUGGUGAUAGUGAUCAACCCGGCUUUCAUUAGAUACGCUCAUGACACGUGGCUGGGACAGAAGGGCCGGUAUCCAUCCACUGGCUUUAUAACUUUGGCUCUUGCGCUGAACAUUUGCAAUGAGGUUCAUGUGUUUGGUUUCGGAGCAGACAAGGAUGGAAACUGGAAUCAUUACUUCGAGGAACUCCGGGACAAAAAGUUCAGAACUGGAAACCAUCCAGGACAACGGGAGUAUGAUGUUAUCCAGCAUUUAGAUGAGCAAAAACAAAUCUCCUUUUAUAGAGGGUGGUGAAUUCCUGACAUGCUGAAUGACAUGCUGCUUUCUUUGGGAGAACACUACCAGAGUGGAAGGAAGAAAUAAAAGCUAAAUUAAAAGUGUACCAGGUGGAAGUUUGUAUGAAAUGAAGCAAUUAUGCACGGUUUCAGGGUAUUCACUGUCUGUUUGUAUUUAUUUUUGAACCAGGGAUGCACUUUUAUAGUAUUGAAGGAAAUUUACUAAUAUGUUGGAGAAAGUUUUGUUGAGAUACUGUGUAUAGGAGCUUGUCAAAGCUACUGUGAUUAACUCAUGUGAUAUGGUCACCCUUACAGUCUUCUCUUUACCCAAAUCUAAACAUCACAUCCACAUACAUCAAGACCAUAUGAAGAAAACACACAUUGAAAUACAACUUAAUCCACUCAGACCUCAAAUGCAGAAACAUUUAAUUGUUGUCUUCUCUUUGGUUUCAGUUGUUGUGAAUCUGCGUUACAAACACUGAUAAAUGGGACCAAGUAGCUUUGGCUGCCAAAGUUAUGUAGCCUCCAGAUUUUGAUUUCGUUCUUUGUUGCCAUGUACAAAUGUUAUUUGUGUGUACUAGGCUGGUUUGACUUGUUUAUGGCAUAUGGAAACUUUCCAAGGACUGUGAAACAGUUCAACUGUUGAUUUGUUGCGGAGACAAGAGAAUAAAUCUGCCAGUAGGCAACUGUAACUGCAA